AAGAUUUGGGGCUCAAGUUUCAGCUCCUCAAGUUCCAAAAGAAACAGUGAAGCCGUGAAGCAUUCGCAAAUGUCCAAAGCUGCAAGGCUGAAUGCCAUUGCUCGUCAUGUGAAGGCCACAGACGGCACACCAGACUUGGAGGACCUCGCUAAAAGAGCAUGGCCGGAAGAGAAUUGCGGUUCCAGCUGCAGUUGCGCCCUGACGCCCAGCCCUACAGCAGCUGUUGCUGCAGUGCCUGAGACGCCUUUGGCAGCUAUGACUUGGCCCAGAGAUCAACCAGUGAAGCAGCCUGAGAUCAUCACAGACCAGGACUUCAUUGCGUCCUUGCGUGGCCGCGACAUCAAAGUUAUCCUACAAGGUGAACUCAUCAAGGAGUUUGUGGACCAUCCCAUUGUCUGGCCAUCAGUGAACGCCAUGGCGGAGUCCUACCGGCUGGCACAAGAGAACCCCGACCUUGGCAGUGCCAUUGGCUUCAGUGGAUACCGAAUGAGCAGGUUCCUUCACAUCUGUGAAUCUGCGGACGACCUGGUCAUGCAAUCUCAGAUGCAGCGUGAGCUUGGGCGCCGCACAGGCACCUGCUUCCAACGUUGUGUGGGUCAAGAUGCAUCCAACGCCAUGUGGUCAACGACCUACGACAUUGAUCAGAAGCAUGGCACCAACUAUCACGCUCGCUUCAAGGAGUUCAUGAUCAUGGCUCAAAGCAAAAACCUGGUCCUCGGUGGAGCCAUGACAGAUGUGAAAGGCGAUCGAAGCUUGAACCCAUCCGAGCAGCAGGACCCAGACAUGUUUGUCCGUGUCUCUGAGAGAAAGCCGGAUGGUGGGGUGGUUCUGCGGGGCUGCAAAGCCCAUCAGACUGGAAAUCUAAACUCCCACUGGAUGAUCAUUAUGCCUGGUGGCAAGAUGGAGGUGGCAGACAAGGACUAUGCAAUUGCGUGCGCUGUGCCAGUGGAUGCUCCUGGUCUUACCUACAUCUACGGAAGGCAGAGCUGCGACUUGCGUGCCAUGGAACCAGGAGACAUUGACCAGGGCAACGCCAAGUUUGGUGGCCAGGAGACGUUGACAUGCUUCGAGGAUGUCUACGUGCCACCAGAGUAUAUUUUCAUGGACGGCGAGGUGGACUUUACUCAAACUCUGGUGGAGCGAUUCACUGCGUAUCAUCGCCGCUCCUAUGUGUGUAAAGCAGGCUUGGGUGAUGUGAUGCUGGGUGCUGCUGCCACAGUGGCGGACUACAAUGGAGUGGCCAAAGCUUCGCACAUCAAGGACAAGCUGGUGGAGAUUGCUUAUUUAAAUGAAAAUAUUGCAGGGACUGCUAUGGCUUCGUCCUAUGGUGGACAGGCAACUCCUUCUGGGAAUUUCUUGCCAGAUGUAAUGAUGGCAAACAUUUGCAAGCACAAUGUCACCAAGCUGCCCUACGAAAUUGCUCGCUUGGCGCAGGACUUGGCUGGUGGUAUCAUUGUGACUUUGCCAGCAGACAAGGAGUUCCGUAAUGACGUUGCUGGACCUCUGCUUGAGAAGUAUUUGAAGGGCAAGAAGGGAGUGACAGUGGAGAACCGACGCCGUAUCCUGCGACUGAUCGAGAACAUGACAAUGGGGAGGAAUGCUGUCGGCUAUCUUAGCGAAAGCCUCCAUGGCGCAGGGUCUCCGCAGGCACAGCGCGUCCUCAUCCAACGCCUUUUCGACCUCGAAACCAAGAAACGGCUGGCCAAAAACUUGGCAGGCAUUGUCGAGUGAGGGAGGCCAAUCGAAACGAACCACAAGACUUCGUGGGAAACAAAAUCGCAUUGGGGUCUUAUGGGUUCUUAGAACAGUAAAACUAUAACACCUGGUGACCUUUGCUGGAAGGGGCUACAGCUCCACGCGGCAAAGACAUUGCCAGAGUGUGGUUCCAGCGAAGGAAUGAUAUCUCCAGUUUGUCUUUGGAUCGGUUCUGUGUUGUUAGGUUGGAGGCCAUUGCUAUUGGGUUUGGGUUGUUUGAAAUGGAGAAAGGCAAGGAGCGAGAUACCAUUUCAUCAGCUCACAGAGUCUCCGAAAUGAGAGCCUCAUGCCCUCUUUGUCGCCCAGUCCA